AUGGUGUCUGUGGAGGUUCAGAAAUCUGUCUGGAAUGGUUUCUCUCUGGCCAUUCCUAAUUGUGGGAUUGGAAAUAAGUUACAGGGAGAAAGUUAUGAGGACAUUCACAUGAUUCUAACUUUGGCAUCUUCAGACGCUUUUGGAAAGCUGCAUGGAGGAUAUGCAUAUAUUGACCCAUGUGGGGGACAGGAUUGUUCAGUUUGUCGGUGCUUUCCAGAAAAAGGAUCAAGAGGUCAGCCUGGUGAGCUGGGAGCUCAAGGUCCAAUUGGGUCCUUGGGAUCUACAGGACCAGCUGGUCUGCCAGGAGAAAAAGGACAGAGAGGUGAGAAUGGGCAGCCUGGGCCAGCUGGAGAAAAAGGUGAUAAGGGUCCAACUGGAGUCCCAGGAUUUCCUGGUUUAGAUGGUGUUCCUGGAUUACCAGGAAGUGAAGGACCCAGGGGCAAGCGUGGUUUAGAUGGCUGCAAUGGCUCAAGAGGAGAUCCAGGAUUCCCAGGCGAAAAUGGUUAUAUUGGGCCAAGAGGUCCUUAUGGAGAUCCAGGGCAAAAAGGAGAAAAAGGAAAUCCAGUGUAUGUUUCACAUUUUGGAAAAGGACCUCCAGGAGACAGAGGUGAUCCUGGACCCCCUGGCAUGCCUGGACCUAGAGGGUCAAGAGGUACAACGGGCCCAUCUGGAUACCCAGGCCAUCCAGGCUUGCCUGGUGUUCCAGGUUACCCUGGUUUGCCAGGUGAACAGGGAAAUCCAGGUAUUGGUGUGGACGGACAAAAGGGGGAGCCGGGCGACAUUGGACUUCCUGGGCCGCCUGGGUCACCACUGUUAGUUGGACCUCCUGGAGCUCAGCUGUUCAAAGGAGAAAAGGGCCAAAAAGGACUACCUGGGGUAACAGGAUACAGAGGGCCACGUGGACCCAAAGGUGUACCUGGGAGAGGAGAAAAGGGUGAAAAAGGCACUCCUGGAUUCCCUGGAUUGCAGGGUAAUCCUGGUUCUUAUGGUCCUGCAGGUUUUCCUGGAAUGAAGGGAGAAACAGGAUUUGCUGGUUUUCCUGGACAACCUGGCUAUCCAGGCAUACAGGGGGAUCCAGGAGAAGAAGGGCCCCCAGGUCCUCCUGGAGCUAUUGGAACUCCGUUGCUUCCUAUAAAAGGUCCACAAGGAGAUCCUGGAUAUCCGGGACCUGCUGGUGACAUGGGGUCAGUUGGCCCAAUUGGUCCUGCAGGCCUGCUAGGAAGACCAGGAGUUGAUGGAACAAGUCUGCCUGGCCUGCCAGGAGUAAGUGGGGCACCAGGACCUCAAGGUUUUCAAGGUGAUCCUGGUUUCCCUGGAACAGGUGAAUCAAUCCCAGGAAGACCUGGAUUCCCUGGACCACCAGGCCUACCAGGACAGCCAGGAAGACAAGGCUUACCUGGACUACCCAGUGUAAUCUGUACUGGCAGAGGGGUCCCUGGACAACCUGGAGCAAAAGGUCAGACAGGCCUUCCGGGAAGAAAAGGUGAAAAAGGAGAAAAGGGAAAUCAAGGCCUCUGCUCAUGUAGUGCUGGUCCUCCUGGUCCCCGUGGUAUGCAAGGACCUCCAGGUACUCAAGGAAAAAAAGGACAAAUGGGAUAUCCUGGAAGACAUGGAGAAAAGGGCGAUCCAGGCUUAUCUGGUGCAAUGGGAUCACCAGGGCUCCCUGGGAUACCCGGUUCUGCUGGACAACAUGGUGAAAAAGGAGAGAAGGGUGAUCCAGGAAGAGUUAGAAUAAAAGGAAUAAAAGGUGAAAGAGGUCCUACUGGGCUUCCAGGAUUUCCAGGCCAAAGAGGUAAUGAUGGCAGAGAUGGGGAACUAGGAUUGCCUGGGGAAAAAGGAGCUGAGGGUGAUUCUGGAGUAGCACUGCCUGGUGAUAAAGGACUCCCUGGGGUCCGAGGACUUCCUGGGGUAAAAGGACAGAUGGGAUUGCCUGGUUUGGGGUUUCCCGGCUCUCCAGGAGUCAGAGGCAACCCUGGAGACUUUGGUGAUACUGGUAACAUUGGCCCACCUGGUCCAAAGGGCCAGAAAGGUGAGACUGUCUGCAUUACGUUACCAUACCCUGGAAAUCCAGGUCCCCCAGGUUUUAAAGGUGUUCAAGGACCAAAGGGUUUAAAAGGACACCCUGGUCAUCCUGGACCAAAUGGUUUUGAUGGGCAAAAAGGGCAUCGAGGCCGGCCAGGAGCAGGAAUCCCCGGGCCAGAAGGCUUUCGAGGCAAAGCUGGUGAUCCUGGUGAUGAAGGUGAAAGAGGAUCUUCAGUUGAUGGUAAAAAUGGCCCUCCAGGUCCACCUGGCAUCGAUGGUCAGAAAGGUAUUCCCGGUGAUACCACAUAUGGUCCUCCAGGAAUCCCAGGCAACAGGGGACUGCCAGGACCACCUGGUGCACAAGGAGCAAGGGGUGAUCCAGGCAUUACUGGGCUUCGAGGACAGCCUGGUACCCCAGGAUUUCCAGGUGCCAAAGGUUUUAGAGGCCCAGAAGGUGAUAUAGGAGCACCAGGCUGUCCGGGCUUCCCUGGUCUACCAUGUGACGCAGGCUUACCAGGGCCACCAGGACGCAGAGGUGUCAUGGGCCCGCCAGGACCUCAAGGUUUACCAGGCUUUAAAGGUCAGAGGGGAGACAGGGGCCUAGCUGGGCCACCUGGAAUCAAAGGUCUCAAAGGCUCUCCUGGCUCACAAGGUCCCCCAGGUCCUCCAGGCUCCCGAGGACUUCCAGGACUUCCGGGCAAUAAAGGACCACCUGGUUUCCCAGGACAAACGGGAAGCAAAGGGAUUCAAGGACCCCAAGGAUUCCCAGGACUCCCAGGAACACAAGGCCCAAUGGGAAUCUCCGGUGUAAAAGGUGAAGAAGGAGAAAUGGGUCCACCUGGGCCUAGUGGAGAAUGUGGGGAUAUGGGAAUAAAAGGUGAAAGAGGGCCUCCAGGAGACAGUGGCUGCAUUAACAUCCGUCUUGAGAAAGGACAAAAGGGGGAACCAGGAUUUCCUGGUGAGAAUGGAUUUAGAGGUGAAAGAGGUGAAAAAGGCAGUACUGGUUCCAGAGGCACCCCAGGAUUUCCAGGGAAGAAUGGUGUCCCAGGACUGCCAGGUGACCAUGGUGACACUGGACUGAUGGGGUUUCCAGGAUCACAGGGUUUCCCAGGACCAAAGGGUUUUAAAGGAAUUAUGGGUUUUCAAGGACAGCCAGGUGACCAGGGUGAUGCUGGCUUACCAGGAAUCCCUGGAAAUCCAGGACUGACUGGCCCAAAAGGAUCUAAAGGACUCUGUGGAUUCCCAGGAGAGAAGGGUUCACCAGGUAUCCAAGGGCAACCUGGAAGACCAGGAUCCAAGGGUGAGCCUGGAUACCCAGGAAUACCCGGAUUUCCAGGAGCUGCAGGCCCUCAGGGAUUGCCAGGAGAACCUGGAGAAAAAGGGAAACAUGGAAUUUUGGGACCUCCAGGAUUGCAAGGAUUAGCUGGAUCCCAGGGCAGAAAAGGUCUUCCUGGACUGCCCGGACUGGACGGCUUGGAUGGACUAAAAGGUCAAAAAGGUUCUGCAGGAGCUCCAGGUCAAAGUGAAACAGGGCCCCCAGGAUACUCAGGAGAACUUGGACCAAAAGGAGACAGAGGUGAACCUGGAUGGCCUGGUAUUUCUAUUCCAGGCCCCCCUGGAGAACAGGGAUUCCCAGGAUUCCCAGGUAGAAGAGGACCUGUUGGACCCACUGGACCUAUGGGAAGAUCUCCUGAUAGUGCUUCUCCUGGUCCUCCGGGUGAUCAAGGACCACCUGGUUUAGAUGGCACCAGAGGUCAGCCUGGGAAUCCUGGUCCUCCUGGAGAGACCAUCUUUGUGCGAGGAGAUCCAGGCGAUACUGGUCUUCGAGGGGCACCAGGUAAUCCUGGGCAGCGAGGGCAACAAGGAGCCAGAGGUCUUCCAGGGAACCAAGGAAGAGGAGGCCCAAAGGGUCCUAUGGGAAUCCAUGGCCCACAGGGUCCACCUGGUGCUGUAGGACAACCAGGAGACCAAGGUUUUCAUGGAAAACCUGGUCCCAAAGGUCCCACAGGUAUUCCAGGUGACCCUGGUGAACCAGGAAAAAUAGAUGAUUCAUGCCCUGCAAUCCCAGGGCCUCCUGGCGAAGCAGGACAAAGAGGAGACGAUGGCUCUGUAGGAUUGCCAGGACCAAUAGGCCACCCCGGCCCCCAAGGAAGAAAAGGUGAAGAAGGGUCAUGUGGCCUGCCAGGUCAAGAUGGAUUACCAGGGGCACCUGGACCACCAGGUGACCAAGGGAAUAUAGGAGAGCAAGGAUACACUGGGCCGCAAGGUCCACCUGGCCAGACUGGUAUCCCAGGACCACCAGGCCCCCAUAUUAGAUCUGCGAGUGGAUUCUUGCUCGUUCUUCACAGUCAGUCAGACAGAGAACCACUCUGUCCACAGGGGAUGCCAAAAUUAUGGACUGGCUAUAGUCUGCUCUACCUGGAAGGACAAGAGAAAGCUCAUAAUCAGGAUCUUGGUCUGGCAGGAUCUUGUCUUCCUGUGUUUAAUACCAUGCCCUUUGCUUACUGUAAUAUCAACCAAGUUUGUUACUAUGCCAGUCGAAAUGAUAAGUCUUACUGGUUGUCAAGUGCAGCUCCUUUACCAAUGACGCCGCUCUCUGAAGAAGAAAUACAGCCAUAUAUAAGCAGAUGUGCUGUAUGCGAGGCCCCAGCCCAAGCGGUAGCAGUUCACAGCCAAGAUCAGUCAAUUCCUCCCUGUCCCGUGAACUGGAGAAGUCUUUGGAUCGGAUAUUCUUUCCUGAUGCACACUGGAUCUGGUGAUCAGGGUGGUGGACAGUCUCUUAUGUCACCAGGAAGUUGCCUGGAAGACUUCAGAUCAGCACCAUUCAUCGAAUGCCAGGGUCAACGGGGAACGUGUCAGUUUUUUGCCAACGAAUACAGUUUCUGGCUAACAACAGUGAUGCCCGAAUUGCAGUUUGCAUCAGCCCCCCUGUCAGGAACUCUUAAGGAAGGGCAGGAGCAGAGGAAAAAAAUCAGUAGAUGCCAGGUAUGCCUGAGACAUGGCUAA